AUUGAUGAAAGACAUCUAUGAUACAAUCAUCUCCAAUAUAGUUAAGAUCUAUCUCUUUCGUAUUAGUUACACGGCCGACGGGGGCCCUGUGCAACUACGUAAUGGCCUCGCUAAUUGUAGCUUUGGGCACGGAGGGCACUAAUUUAGAUAAACAUAAAUAUUUCACUAUACGCACACGUUAUUUUAUUUUUUAAGCAUCGAAAAACAAAUAUAAGGUACCAUUUGCAUGUGAUAUUUUUAUUUUAUCACAUACGCAAUAUAGCGGAACUAAAAACUAUAAAAUCUUGAUUGAAAGAACUUUGCGCGAAGAUGAAUGGCCCUACAGCUCGCGAUAGCUUUUAACUACACUCAUUUUCCUUUUUUUCUUUUUUUUGAUCCACCACCACACUGAUACACAAGGGCCACGUACGAAUUCGGGAAGAUAAUAUUGAUAUAGAAGUUAUAGUCUUUUUAGUACCAGUAAUUGUAAUACUGAUAGUUCAAGAAGAGCAAGAACUUCAAUAUCAUAUUUCGACAUGCUUUCCCCUUCCCCUUUCCGUUAUUUAUUGCCGGGCUUGGAUUAACAUGAAGGCCAGAGGACAUCAAAACUUGGCCUAGUGCUACCGAUGCAUCGAUAAAUUAUACCAGGACUUUUCUCGUUGAUCUCUAUUCGGUACACUCACAUGUCCUCCUUGGUGAACAAUUAUGGUUACGAUCACAUGAUCGAGGUUUGAC